CUCGGAUGAUUUGGAGACGCUUUUGAACCUCGGGAGCUGAACGUGCGAUGGAACCGCUGCUGAAGCUUGCGAAGGAAGAUGACGAGGAGAGCAGCAAUGAUAGCUACUGCCGGAAAGACAACGUCACCUACCGCGAUGUGCUCUCGCAUCAAGCCACACUGGUCUUCACUGAUGAAGGACAUGCCGGAGUGGGGACCAGCGCUUUGAAUCUGGUGCUGUCGACCAUUGGCGUUGGAGCUUUGACAUUGCCCUACACCACCGCGACGAUCGGAUGGCUUCAGUCCCUUCUGUUGCUUGUGGCCUUCUUCCUGGUGAGCGUCUACAAUCUGUACUUGCUUGAUUUCGUUUGCAGGUCACCCAAGUGCAGCAAUUCCAGAUCCUAUGCUGCUGUGGUCUCUGCAGUGUUGGGCAAGUCCGGUGCGUAUUGCUUGGAAGCCUUCAUGUUGCUCUACUCCUUCGGCUUGUCCGUGUCCUACAUGGGCGUCAUCGGCACAGAGUUGGCUGUCCUCAUUCCCUUGGUCACUGGAGUCCAAUUGCCCAUCUCACAGGACGACCUGUUGAGCAUCGUGGCCCUUUUGGUGGUGCUGCCUUUAUCCUUGCUGCCGGACACGCUGCUCCGCAUGUCUGGAGCCGUGGGGACACUCUGUAUGAUUCUCACCACAGUCAUCGUGGUGGCCAUGGUGCCAUGGGAGAUGGAGCCUCCUUUCGUGGAUGCUUGCAGUGAUGCUUACAGAUUCAGCAAAGGAGAGCCAGGCUCGUUGUUUUUGGUGACCUGGCAUUCAUCCUUCGUGGCACUCCUGUCAGCAGUGCCCAUGUUUUCCUUCUGCAUGAAUGCUGCCACAGCCUUCGUGUCGAUUCGCUCAGAGAUGGGAAAUUUGCUCAACGAACCUGCUCCCAAGGAUGUCCGGGCGCUCAUUUGGAUUGCGCAGACCUUCGCCCUCCUGGACUAUUUGGUGAGUGGCGCUGCUGGCUACGUCUCUUUCUGCCAAGGAGCACCAGACAAUGUCCUUGAUGGUUUCCCAUUGUCGCAUUGGCCCAGUUUAUUGGCUCGCUUAGCCAUUGCCUUGCAGUUGACCUGUGCAUGCAGUGGUGUCUACAUUCCCUUGGCGCGCGCUGCGCUCACGCAUUUGAUCAAGGGUUUAGACUCUGGAGCGCCGGAAGGCAUGAGACGUAUCAUCUCCACAGUCUUGUUGGUCUUUUUGAUGGUCGUGGUGGCUCGGCUUCUGCAUGGAGCGCUGGCUUUGCCUUUGGGUUUAACCUCUGCCAUUUGCACCACAGCGAUUAUGUUCGUCUUUCCUGGUCUUUGUGCGUUCACCCUGAAGUCAAAGUCUAACUGGAGCAAAGUGCUGCCGCUCCUCUUCGCCGCGACGGGCUUCGUCAUUGGAACAGCAUCGACUGUGACACUGCUGACGACUUGACCUGUGAGACCUGACGAAAAUCGUGUGAUCGGUCCAAUUGCGAAAGGCGCAGAACAACGGC